GAGCAUUUUGGCGUCUCAGCUACAUGCUGUUAGCUAAUAAAAAGUAUAUGAAAGGAGAUAUUACAGAUUAUGUACCCUCGUUGACCGGAAGAGUUACUGGUUAACUGCGGAGUCAAGACGCUUUUCAAAGGCAAUAAAUAGUAUGCUCCAGUUAAAGCCUACUGUUAUUGAGUUUCUCAAAUGUGAGGUUGGUGAUGGUCGUACCGCCUCUUUCGGGUUUGAUAACUGGACUGAGUUUGGUCAACUGAUAAAGUUUGUUGGGGCAGCUGGACCGAGAACACUACGGGUUAGAGAGGAUGCGCGAGUCUUGGAGGCAACCAGAAAUGGUAACUGGGCUCUGCCGGCGGCGAGAUCAGACAAUGGCCAAACCCUCUUAGUUGCUCUAACAGCUACUCCCGUUCCUGAUGUCACUAAAGGGCCUGAUUCAUACCAGUGGAGGAACUCAACUGGAGUCUUCACAUCCUCCUUCUCCUCCAAAGAAACUUGGGACCAAGUUCGCAUUUGUUCACCUCCGGUCUCAUGGUCGACUGUUGUGUGGUUCAAGGCACAUAUCCCACGGUUCUCUUUUGUGGCUUGGUUGGUUUUUCUAGCUCGCUUACCCACUAGAGACAGGCUUCGUAGUUGGGGAAUGACAGUCUCCUCUGACUGUGUCUUAUGCUCUGGUGGCACUGAGUCACAUGAGCACCUGUUUUUCCAGUGUCCUUUCUCAUCUGAGGUUUGGAGCUUCUUCGCAAGUAAGUUCUUACCACAACCACCUGACAAUCUACAUGCGGUGGCGGACUGGAUUUUUCACCAUCAGCAGCCUCACCAUGCGUCCAUGGUAAUUCUGCUUAAGCUUCUGCUUCAGUCAACGAUCUACUUGAUUUGGAAGGAGCGAAACUCUAAGAUCUUCUCCUCCAGCUACUCUUCGCCAGCUUCUCUUCAAGUCUCUGUCAAUCGCACUCUGCGGGACCGCCUUCUUUCCCUUCCGGCUCUAAGGCUGUCUUCCCCUUCUCUUCUCUUAAUUUACUUCUCUUUAUUUCUCAUCCUUUGCCGGUUGGUAUUGGGUAAUUAACUCUGUCACGUCCCUGUUGGGAUUGGGAUUUUGUCGGUACGUCGGAAACUUUUGUAACUUGAUCGAUAAAUAGAAUUUUAACAUUAAAACCAAAAAAAAAAGAUAUUAUAUAUUAUAUCAGUCUAAAGAUAGCAUGGUUAUCUUACUCUUUCAUCGAAAUUGUAAUAAUCGAAAUAGGUUAUUUUGAAUCAAUUAUGUAUUUUGUAAACAUUUUCUGAUAUAAUAUAUGUUUAUUUGCCGGAAAAAAAAAAGACUAGUAUAUCCAUGGAUUCAUUAGAUCCCAAU